CCGUGACGUCAGUGCGGGGCCGGCUCUCCUGCUGCUGCUGCUGCUGCUGCUACGGCGCGAGGCCAUGGAGGCUGCGGGAGCGGGACCCGCGCAGGUUGGGGACGCGGAUGGCGGGGCGGGAGACGGGAGGCGGGGGGGUGGGUUCUUUGCAAAAAUAUUUAUUUCUAAAUAUCAGGAGAGCGGGAAGGUUUUCCGAUUGCCCCCGGCCUCCCAUCACUCGUGGCCUCCUUUUUUUUUUUUUUUUUGGCUCCCCAUUGCAACUGGGAGGGGCUUCCUUCACAUUCGGAAAUGCAAAAAAGCAAAAAAUAAAAUAAAAAAUGUUGCAUUGAUCCGGAGCGCGGCGUGGCGGGUCCGGGGCGUCGUUUCCCCACUCGAUCCGAUCCCGGGAGGAGUGGUCGUGAUUUGCAAUGGGGAGGUGGGGGGCGAUCGCGCUGGUUCGGAGCAGCCGCCGUCUCUCUCUUGCAACGAGGAAGGGAAAGGGUGAGAAAGGAUUACUUCGGGGCGGGGGAGAGGAGAGUAAUGUAGGGAUCCGUCGGGGUGGGGGCGGGAAGGACGGGCUUUCGUCCUUCUUUGACUUCUGAGCCAUCCCUUCUCGGCAUAUGCUCCCUUAUUUCCUUCCCGUCUGACCUAUGCCCGCAUUUGCAACCUACCCCACGUUGCAACUCGUGGCUUUCAGCCUCUGUUUCAAACAGAUCCCAACUAUCCUUCCCCAAACGCCCCCCUCUCCUCCAACCCUCUAACUAGAAGAGUUUGGAUAGAUUCGAUCCUCUCUCUCUUUGUUGGGGACUUAAUUUCGCAGAGAGAUCCUAUUUCAUGAGAAAGACUGGAAAUUUUCUUCCCAGUAUAUAGUAACAGUACAUCCAGUGUGGAUUUGCUAUGCACUGUCCACACAGAUGGUUUUAUUUAAUCAGUCGCUCUGCAAUGGUUCCCUUAUAUCAUUGUUGCUACCUGGAAGGGCUCUCUGUGAACUUCACUGCUACCAGAAUGAGGACAAAAGCAAAACAACCCCGAAACAUUUGCGGAAUGCAAAGUUACAGGAUUUCAGCAGGAAGCUGUGGGACAUGCACAGAUGGGAAAAUAAACUCUUUGCCUUGAAACUUUUGCAGCCGCAAACAGUAUUGAAAGUGAGAUCACAUAUAACCAUCAUGAGCACAGAUAAUCGUACAUAAUCUGGAGGGACCCUUGUUUAAAACAAUCAAACGCACGUUCUUAUCAUGAUAUUAUGGGCUGUCCCCUGAGCCCGCUAGAUGACAUCGCAAGGGAUCGAUGCCUUAGGAGAGCGAGAAAAAUUCUCAGGGACGAAUCACACCCUGGCCAGCACCUCUUUAAUCUUCUACUCUCGGGCAGGAGAUAUAGAAGUAUAAUCAGUCGUACCAACAGGCUAAAAAACAGUUUCUAUCUGUAGGCUGCUGAACGGAAAAUAAUAUAGUGCAACUGACUUUCGGGGUUGGUGUGUUGUGCGACAAGCACACAAGAUCGAGUGUUUGUGUGUGGGGCAGGGAGGCUCGGUUAAUUUCAUCGUACGCAGGUUGUACAUUGACAAUAAAGGCAUUAUUAUUAGUAGUAGUAUUCGGUUGUUUAUUAUAAUAUCCAUCAUGAUUAACAGUCAAAUCCCUUUUCCCAAACUCUGGGAUUUGUAGCUCUGUGAGGAGAAUAAGGGCCUCUUAACAACCCUCAGCGGUCUAACAAACUACAGUUCUCGUGGUUACUAAUAAAAUGGAAAUCAGUCUGAGUUUUUAAUCUCUGCUUUCACCCCCUCCUCCCAGGCUGUGACAGGGGCGGCGUCGCUGGUGGAAGUGAGACCGGACGAAAUAGGUAGGUUUUUGUGCCUGCCUGCCUUGGGAAGGGGGCGUUUCUGGGUUUUCUUCUUAACAGCCCACCCACAUUUGAAGCCUGCUGGCCCCAGAGUCAUCCUAGAUCCAUGUAGCUCCGUAUUUUCUAUACGCUGACUGGCAGCUGUUCAAGGCAGGAGUCUUUCCCCCAGGAACUGAAAUACAGUGGUACCUUGGGUUACAAACGCUUCAGGUUACAUACGCUUCAGGUUACAGACUCCGCUAUCCCAGAAAUAGUGCUUCAGGUUAAGAACUUUGCUUCAGGAUAAGAACAGAAAUCGGGCUCCGGCGGCGCGGCAGCAGCGGGAGGCCCCAUGAGCUAAAGUGGUACCUCAGGUUAAUAACAAUUUCAGGUUAAGAACGGACCUCCGGAACGAAUUAAGUACUUAACCCGAGGUACCACUGUACAGAGCCAGGAUCAAGGUCCUUGUGUUCAUUUACAAAGCUAUAAACUGCUCCAAGGUACACUGGAGACCACCUGAUCCCAGCUGGAACACCGAGAUCAUAUUCAGGAGCAGCGUCGGCCUUCUCUCGAGUUUGCGAGGCUCAUUGGACAUUAACGUGACGGUUAGCGUCGUCAGCCUGGUCUGGAGGAAUUCAGCAGUCUCCUUCUAUUUUAACCUUUAACCAUUUGCUGAAAAAUUUUCUACGCUGCCAGCUUCUGUAGACAACUAGGAGAGCAGCUUCUGUAACAGUCAGCUGAAGAUGUGUGGUUUUAAAUUUCCACGCGGUUUUAUUGUGCCUGUCAUGGUUGUCAUGCUCUGAUACAUUUUAACAAAAUGCGGUGGACGAGUAUUUUUUAGGAAUACAGUGGUACCUCGGGUUACAUACGCUUCAGGUUACAAACUCUGCUAACCCAGAAAUAUUACCUCAGGUUAAGAACUUUGCUUCAGGAUGAGAACAGAAAUCACGUUGUGGCAGCAGGAGGCCCCAUUAGCUAAAGUGGUGUUUCAGGUUAAGAACAGUUUCAGGUUAAGAACAGACCUCCAGAACGAAUUAAGUUCUUAACCCGAGGUACCACUGUAGAUAAAUAACAUGAUCUGCCUGCAGUGUGGCUGCUCUGCCACUGAGCUAUGGUGGUAGGGCAUUGGAAUACAGUGGUACCUCAGGUUACAUACGCUUCAGGUUACAUAUGCUUCAGGUUACACACUCCACUAAGCCAGAAAUAGUGCUUCAGGUUAAGAACUUUGCUUCAGGAUGAGAACACAAACCGGGCUCCGGCGGCGCGGCAGCAGCAGGAGGCCCCAUUAGCAAAAGUGGUGCUUCAGGUUAAGAACAGUUUCAGGUUAAGUACGGACCUCCGGAACGAAUUAAGUACUUAACCCAAGGUACCACUGUAAUGCAUGGGGCUGUCUUAUACCUAGUACUGUCUGCAUGUAGUAUUGUCUGCACUGGCAGGCAGCAGCUCUCCAAGCCAGGACUCUUUCUGCAUGCCAGGCAGUUUCUCUGCUGCUCAGCUAAGCGUCUGUGUGUAUGUGUGUGUCUCCUGCUCCAGGCGUGGUGUCGUCCAGAGAUGGCCCCGAUCCCUCUUCGGGGUCCUUGUCUCCUCGGAAACCCAAAAGUAGCUUGGGGGGAGCGGGAGAUAACCCGCUGGGCUCCAACAGGAAUGGUGAAGAGGGAGCACGAGCGCAGAUGACCGGGAGCACUAAGGAAAUGGGCAGGAUGUCGCCCGAAUCGGGGGGUGUCUCUGCUGGCCCAAACACCAGCCCUAGUCUAGGGAAUAAAGGCCUGCCAGGUGAGGUGGAAGGAAGCAGGGAGCUGGGGUGUGUGGCAGCAGGACUUGGUUUAAACUGCUGGUUUUGACCAAUAAAGCUUUUUGCAUGACUCAGGACCUCAGAACCCCCAAGAGCUGCCAUAUUAUUAUUAUUAUUAUUAUUAUUAUUACUGUUUAUUACUUGUACCUCACCCAUCUGAGUGGGUUGCCCCAGGCACUCUGUUUUAACUAUUUUUUAAAAAACAAAAUUUAAAAUUAGCUUUUCAAAUUUUUUCAAAUUCUUUUAAACACCCAUCAGAACAUUCAUCUCUGUUGACUUCCCACCCACCGUUCCAUGUUUUUCUUUUCCUCCCUUAAAAUGCUUCUAUGUUGCUUCUGUUUUACCAAUUUAUACGUUAAUUAAAAAAUUUUAAACUACCAUUUCUCAUCUGCUGCUGUACUUCAAAUCCUGCGCACGUUUUAACAUGUUCUACAAAAUAUUUCCGUUCUUCGGGAAACUUUUCUUCAUUCUGUUCUUUUAAUUCUCGCAGUCUACCAUCUCAGCAUAUUCCAUCAGCUUCAUAAGCCGUUUUUCUUUCGUUGGGACCCUGUUUGGACUGUGUGUUUGUGCUUUUGUCUUGUGUUUUUAUCUUGCGAACCGCCCUGAGACCUUGCAGCGUAUAUAAAUCUGAUAGAUAGAUAAAUAAAUAAAAUCAAACAAAACGGUUAAAGGCCGCUCGCUUCUCUUCCUCCGUUUCAGGACACGCCGCCAAGACCUUCCCAUCGUCCCCUAGCAAAGCAGGAGGGACCAGCCGGGCAAAAAUGUCCCUCACCGGAACCAGCAAGUCCCCAACGUCUAUCCAAAGUUUGGCCAUGCGUCUGCUGAGUAUGCCUGGGUCGCGACUUCCUGGGGAUUCUGGGACUCCCGCAGCAGAAGCCCCAGCCCCGACACCGGCCCCUGCUCAGCCUCCAGCGCCGACCGUGGAAGAGGCCAAGCCAAAGGUUCACCGGGCCCGGAAAACCAUGCCCAAACCCAACAGUGGACAGGUAGGGAGCACCGCUACCUUCUUGCUUUGUUGUUGUUCUUUAGUCGUGUCUGCCUCUUUGUGACCCCCUGGACCAGAGCACGCCAGGCACUCCUGUCUUCCACUGCCUCCCGCAGUUUGGUCAAACUCAUGCUGGUAGCUUCGAGAACACUAUCCAACCAUCUCGUCCUCUGUCGUCCCCUUCUCCUUGUGCCCUCCAUCUUUCCCAACAUCAGGGUCUUUUCCAGGGAGUCUUCUCUUCUCAUGAGGUGGCCAAAGUACUGGAGCCUCAGCUUCAGGAUCUGUCCUUCCAGUGAGCACUCAGGGCUGAUUUCCUUCAGAAUGGAUAGGUUUGAUCUUCUUGCAGUCCAUGGGACUCUCAAGAGUCUCCUCCAGCACCAUAAUUCAAAAGCAUCAAUUCUUCGGCGAUCAGCCUUCUUUAUGGUCCAGCUCUCACUUCCAUACAUCGCUACUGAGAAAACCAUAGCUUUAACUAUAUGGGCCUUUGUCAGCAAGGUGAUGUCUCUGCUUUUUACCAGACAGAAACCUCAAUGUAUACCCAAGCGUUUGGCCCUUAACCCGACGGGUAAGAGAUAUUUGUCACCUCUUUCUUCCUCAUCUGUUUAGCAAGGUGGGUUUAGAUCUCUCCGUUUACAUGUACUGGAGAUGCGUUUUUUAGGAUUUAUUCUGGUUUUUAUACAGUGGGACCUCGGGUUCCAAGGGACGCGGGUGGCGCUGUGGGUUAAACCACAGAGCCUAGGACUUGCCAAUUGGAAGGUCGGCAGUUCGAAUCCCCGUGACGGGGUGAGCUCCCAUUGCUCGGUCCCUGCUCCUGCCAACCUAGCAGUUCGAAAGCACGUAGAUAAAUAGGUACCGCUCUGGUGGGAAGGUAAACUGCGUUUCCAUGCGCUGCUCCGGUUCGCCAGAAGCAGCUUAGUCAUGCUGGCCACAUGACCCGGAAGCUGUACGCCGGCUCCCUCGGCCAGUAAAGCAAGAUGAGCGCCGCAACCACAGACUGGACCUAAUGGUCAGGGGUCCCUUUACCUUUACCUUGGGAUACAGAUGCUUCAGGUUACAGACUCCGCUAACCCAGAAAUAUUACCUCAGGUUAAGAACUUUGCUUCAGGAUGAGAACAGAAAUCGUGCUCUGGCGGCGCGGCGGCAGCAGGAGGCCCCAUUAGCUAAAGUGGUGCUUCAGGUUAAGAACAGUUUCAGGUUCACCCAGUUUCUGUUCUUACCCUGAAGCAAUAUUCUUAACCUGAGGUAAUAUUUCUGGGUUAGCGGAGUCUGUAACCUGAAGCAUCUGUAACUCGAGGUACCACUGUACUGGACUGAGGCCGCACCAACACUUUGAAUUGUGCCCGGAAACAUACAGGGACACAGUGAAGAUCCUUUAGGAACAGCAGUAUAUGGUCCAUUAUGGUUCUUAGUUUGCCCAUUAGAGUAAAAGUUAGUUGAAUACAGCCACAGUGUCAUCCAAGACACAUUUACAUUGGGCCACCCAAUAACAUUGUUCUCUUCAGUUGCCCUGUACAUACCAAUCUACCCUGUGUGAAGUUGCCAAAUGCAGAAAGGUUAAAAAACCUAAUCUUGGGUAUAACUUUUCUUUCCGAAGGUCCCCGAAAAGCGAGUCUCUGAGAUGUUGCAUUUCCGAGUCUCCGAUGACCUCAGGAGCAUUGAAGAACCAGGUAUGGUCUUGGCGGUGGUCAAUCAACAUUUAUCUGGUGCUCUCCAGAUAUUUUCGACUGCAAGUUCUGGAGGGUGGCAACACAAGAAUGGGCCUUUUCUGUGGUGGCCCCCUGCUUGUGGAAUGCUCUCCCUAGGGAGGCUAGUCUGGCGCCAUUGUUAUAUAGCUUUAGGAGCCAGGCCUUUUCUGUGUAACCAGGCCUUUGGCCUUUAACUAUCUGUGGCCUUUUAGAAUUGGGAAAGAUGAUUGAAAUGUAUUUGUCUUUCCUCUUGGUUUUAAUGUUUCUAUGUGUAGGGUUGCCAUAUGUCCAGGAACGUCUGGACGUAUGGCAGCUCAACAACUUUUGUCCAGAUUUUCACUGUGGGAAAUAUGACAACCCUAAUCUAUGUGGGAAGGGACGUGGGUGGCGCUGUGGGUUAAACCACAGAGCCUAGGACUUGCCAAUUGGAAGGUCGGCAGUUCGAAUCCCCGCGACGGGGUGAGCUCCCGUUGCUUGGUCCCUGCUCCUGCCAACAUAGCAGUUCGAAAGCACGUCAAAGUGCAAGUAGAUAACAAGGUACCGCUCCGGCGGGAAGGUAAACGGCGUUUCCGUGCACUGCUCUGGUUCGCCAGAAGCGGCUUAGUCAUGCUGGCCACAUGACCUGGAAGCUGUACGCCGGCUCCCUCGGCCAAUAAAGCGAGAUGAGCGCUGCAACCCCAGAGUCGGUUACGACUGGACCUAAUGGUCAGGGGUCCCUUUACCUUUAAUCUAUGUGGGGGUUUUGGGUUAUAAGGCACUUUCCAUCACCCUGAGCAAGAUAAAGGAACUAAUAUUAAAUAAUGAUGAUGAUGAUAUUGUAAUCCUAAACUUCUGGAGUCUGUCAGAAUUAUAUUUCCAUUUCCUCUGCUUUUCCUUCCAAAGAGGAACCUGCCAAACGUAGAAAAUAUGAUUAUAUGGCUGAUGCCCUGCACAAGAGGAUGCCCCUCUCUCUCCAGAGGUCAAGUCCCAGAGCUACAACUGAGGUACGACUCCUUUCCCCCUUCUUUGCUUUUCUUCAAAGGUUUAUACAUUGUAAAAAAUAAACAUUCAGAUUAUGUCAGGUUCUGAUCAGGGCUCUCUAUCGAUAGAGUAGAGAAAUCUUAGCUGGUCAAUCUGACCAUUUGUGGUGGAUCUGCAGGGCAAUCCUAUGCAUGACUACUCUAAAGUCCCAUUGAAUUGAAUGAGACUUGCUCCCAAGUCGUUGUGUACAUAGGAUCACAUCUGUAGUCGAUUGACUUGAUACCUUUUUCAGCCAGAGGCCCACACUGAGAAGACCCUGCAGUUCCCUCCCAGAGUGGUUUAGGGAACUCUGGGAAAUGUAGCUCUGUGAAGGGAGGAGAGGGCGCCCUAAGAAGUCUCAGCACCCUUAACAAAAUGUAGUUCUCAGGAUUUUUGUGGGGAAGCCAUGACUGUUUAAAAUGGAACAAUCGUGCUUUAAGUAUGUGUUGCAGGUGGGGCCUUGGUUGUGAAACCAGCCUUUGGAAUUCCCUUCCUGAAAGGUUUUUCUGGCCACUGUCUGUGUUUUGUUCUGGAUAUUUUUCAUUUUAUUUUAUUUUUUGGUGCCUAAGGGUGUGUGUGUGGGGGGCCUCUAUAAUUUGUCCUGGCCUUUUAGUUUAACAUGGUUUUAUGCGGCCAUUUUUAACUUGCUGAUUUGUAACCCGCGGUAUCUUUUAAACUGUUGCUUUUAUUUGGUAUUCCUGAGCUUUUGCCGUGCAUAAGCCGCUCUGAGCACUACGGUUAUUGAGUGACUAACUAUUACCACCAGCGCAUAAACAUUUCUUCCUUCCCAGAUCACUGUGACGGAAGAGAUGACUGCGCCAGCCACUGCCUCGCAGGAGGAAAGGAGUCAAGAAUGGGAGACCGAGGUGGGGGAUGACUUCAGCCUCUUCUACGACAGCUACUCCGUCGACGGCCAUGUUGAUUCCGACAGCAAGGUAAUGCCAAGCAAGGCAGGGCUUGUCUCUCAUAGGGCAGGUGGCGCUGUGGUUUAAACCACUGAACCUCUGGGGCUUGCCCAUCGGAAGGUCGGCGGUUCGAAUCCCUGUGGCGGAGUGAGCUCCCGUUGCUCUGUCCCAGCUCCUGCCAACCUAGCAGUUCGAAAGCACACCAGUGCAAGUAGAUAAAUAGGUACCACUGCGCUCUGGUUUCCGUCACAGUGUCCCAUUGCGCCAGGAGCGGUUUAGUUAUGCUGGUCACAUGAUCCUAAAAGCUGUCUGUGGACAAAUGGUGGCUCCCUCGGCCUGAAAGCAAGAUGAGCGCCGAACCCCAUAGUCGCCUUUGACUGGACUUAAUCGUUCAGGGGUCCUUUACCUUUUACCUUUUGUAGGGCUGAGUGGUAGGUAAGAAAAUAAGCAGAGCCUUGCCGGAUCAGGCAAAAGGCUUAUCUAGUCUUGUAAUCUGGGGAACCGGGUUCGCGUCUCCGCUCCUCCACAUGCAGCUGCUGGGCGACCUUGGGCCAGUCACACUUCUCUGAAGUCUCUCAGCCCCACUCACCUCACACAGUGUUUGUUGUGGGGGAGGAGGAAGGGAAAGGAGAAUGUUAGCCACUUUGAGACUCCUUCGGGUAGUGAUAAAGCGGGAUAUCAAACCCAAACAACUGUUUUCACUUCAUGGAGUCCCUCAGGGCUCUCACCUUGUAAGGCCCUUCACCAGACCUGCUUUGUGCUUCUUCUUUGAGCACUUUUGCCUUGCUGGAAUGUGCCCUUGAACUGUGGCUUAUCUGAAUGGAGAGAUAAGGGCGUAGGAAGCCCAUUUAGCUCAGUGUUGACUGCACUGACUGGCAACAGCUUUCUGAGAUUUCAGGCAGGGAGAUGGUGGGGAUUGAGGCUGCGACUUUCUGCAUGUAAAGCAGAUGCUCUUCCGCUUAGCUGCAGGCCUUAACACCUGAGAGAUGCAGGUGUGUGACUAUAGAAGCCUCUGCCUUUUUUGUGGCUUGAAUGUAUCCUAUUGUAUAAGGAAGGAUUUCCCAAACUUGGGUUUCCCGCUGUUUUUGUAGCACAACUCCUAUCAUCCCUAGCAAGCAGGAUCAGUGGUCAGAGACAUUGAGAAUUGAAAUAACAAUAACAAUAAUAAUAGUAAAUUUAUUACUUAUACCCCGCCAAUCUGGCCGGGACUCCCCAGCCACUCUGGGUGGCUUCCAACAGAAUAUUCAAAACAUAAUAAAACAUCAAACAUUAAAAACUUCCCUAAACAGGGCUGCCUUCAGAUGUCUUCUAAAAGUCUGGUAGUUAUUUGACAUCUGGUGGGAGGGCGUUCCACAGGGAUGGUGCCACUACCGAGAAGGCCCUCUGCCUGGUUCCCUGUAACCUCACUUCUCGCAGUGAGGGAACCGCCAGAAGGCCCCAAACCAAAAUUUGUAGUCCAAAAACAGCUGGAGACCCAGGUUUGGGAAACCCUGGUAUAAGAGCUACAUCUGUUCUGAUCACUUUUGCCUCUGGUCGUGCCCCUCUGGUCAGGCGGCCUUCAGAAGUUUUCCUGCUAAAAAAAGAAGAAGCCUACAAGGAAAUUUGGCCCUCUGGUGGAGAAAUGUUCCUCAUCCCAAGUCUGGAUUGCCUGAGGUAUAGAUGCUCUGUGGCCUCACAGAAAAAGGAUGCCCAUAAGACACCCAAAUGUUCAGAAUAUUUGCCCUGAGAAACUGACCGCUGGUUUUCCUAGGACUAAGGUAGCAAAGGACCAUUAGGGCUGUGUGAGGCCGUCCUGUAGUUGUUUCCCCAGUGAAUGACAUGUGCCCUUCUCCCUCUUGACUGUUGUAGCCGUCUCCUGUUCAGCGUCAAAAGCACAGAUUUCUUAAUUUAUGCUGUUGCGCAUCCCCUUUUUUGCCUGACAGUCUGAUGCAGAUGUUGCUGGAGAGCAUAUGAGUGAGGAGGAAGAAGAGGAGGAAGAGGAAGAGGAGGAAGAAGAAGAGGAGGAGGAAGAGGACGACGAAGAUGACGACGAGGAAGAAGAUGAAGACGAAGAGUCGGGUAACCUCUCUGACAGGGUAGGUUUAGGCUUGCCUUUCCAUGUUUUCAAAUUCUCUCUUUCUCCUUUUAACCAAUCUUCCUCAACCAGGUGUCCUCCAGAUGUUUUGGACUACAACUCCCAUCAGCCCCGGCCAGGAGAGCUAAUGGUCAAGGAUCAAGGGAGUUGUAGUCCAACAACUUCUGGGCAGCUAAAGGGCAGGGAAGGCUGCUUUUCACUACUUCGUCUUCUAUUUCAUUGCAUUCUAAAUUUUAAUUCCACUUUCCCCACUCGUUGUCACCCCCCAUACUAUACAUUUCAUUCCAUUCAUUUUUGUUUUUAACCUCUUCUUGGCUCCCCCCCCCCAUUUUUCUUCCCUUUCCUCUAUAAUUUGUUUUUCUGCAUUCACAUUCUUCGCUCCCUUUCCAGUUACAAUCCUGUGUGUACCUGUGAGUGAGUCCCAUGGAACUGUGGGAGCUUAAACCCUGAGUAGACAUGCAGUCGGCUUGCUAUAUGCAAGCCUAAUUGAUUGUUAACCCUCUCUGGGACAAGGGAAUAGCAGGGAGGUCUCCUAACAACUCUCAGCACCCUUAUCAAACUGCGGAUCCCAGGAUUCCUUGGGAGAAGCCACGGCUGUUUAAAGUGGUAUCAGAGUUGUCAGGAGCCAGCCAGCAAUAAAUCACAGGGUGUAAAUGAAGUUACCGUAUUUUUCGCUCUAUAGGACACACUUUUUCCCCUCCCAAAAGUAAGGGGAAAUGUGUGUGCGUCCUAUGGAGCUAAUGCAGGCUCCUUUUUUUUUUUUUUAAAUGAUAUUUAUUGGGAAAAAAAAUUAGAAUUACAAAAGAGAACAAAGCAGAAAAAGAGAAAGGAAAAGCAAAGGAAAAACAAACCACAUCAAACAAUACAAAUUCAAAAAACAAAAAUACACCACAAACACUCAAAAACAAACCCAUCAUUCUCAAAUCCUCAACUGUCAUUACCUUCUUUCUUUGACCUCCUCCUCCUCCCUUUAUUUGUAUCCUAGUUGUUAAUUGUUGCAGCAAAUCCUUUCCAUAUGUCAUAAUAUUCUGUCAUUACAUUACCUUAAUCUAUUUUAAUCUUAUCUUACUAUAAAAACACCUUAAAACUUAAAACUUAAAUCUUAUUUUUACCAACUUCUCAUAACCAUAAUAUUCUUACAUAAUUCUUUAAACAUUUUUGCUAAAGCCAAGUAAUUUCGUUCCAACAUUUUUCUAACAUUCAUCAAUUUUAUAAAACAAUCCUAGUAGUAAAAAAGAAAUAAAAACAAUCCAAUCUUCAUCCAGCGUCCCUUCCUCCUGGUCCCGGGUUUUGUCAGUCCUUAUUAUCCCAUCGAUCUAGCGCAUUAACCUGGUAACCUUGUAUCCGAGGCCCUUAAGUCUCUUCCAUGUCCCCUCUUCUUCAUAUUUAUAACUGUAUUUUCCUUUGUCUCCUGCUCCUUUCACUCGUAGGAACUCCAGCUUAACAAUGUUUUUGACCCUUCUCGACAAAUCAGCCCCUUUUCCAUAGUCCACACUAAACUCCAUGUGGUAUUUAAGAACAUGUUUCAAAAUCCCUCCAAAAUUAAGAGCCCCCGCAACCCCAAACAUCUCACGGCCCAUUGACAGACUUGAAAAGUUCAAACAUCCCUGCAUAGGGGGGUCUAUCCAGCCCCCCAUUUCCAAACCAAACCGAACUUUAUCUUUCCAAAUCUGGCUUUUUCCAAGUUCAUUUGUCAAAUCCAAAAGCUCAUGUUCCUGCUGGGCCACAGCUCCCUCCAUCUCUGGCGCCCAAGAUUCAGCAACAUCCUCUUCCCUCAUCUGUUCUGUCAGGGCACACUCCUGAUUUAAUUCCUGGGUGGGCUCCAUAUAAUUUCCCACUGCCUGUUCAAAAUUUCUGAUCAAAUCAGUCAUCAAAUCCGUCUUCUCAUGUAGCUGUUCCAGUAGGGCAUUUGUUUUACAGAAAGCACACAACAGAGCUUCUGAAUACAUUGUCCUGCAAGGUCAAAAAUCUAUUCCCAUGAUUGUAAUCUGUAACAGCUGCAAGCUCCCCGGAGUUGGUUACAGUUUCACAGUCUCCCUCUAGGGGGAAAACUUCUAUUUGUUCUUUUUUUUUCUUUUAAAGACAAGUCUAACAACAAAGUUUCCUUUUUCUGAUAUUUUGUCAAUAUUUGUUCCUUUAAAAAGCGAAGGGGAACAAUGGAAUCAAUAUUUCUCUUCUUAUAGCUAUCUGUCAAAAACGUUUGUCUCUGGUCAAUGAGCUUCAAAAAACGUCAGUCCUGACACCCCGCUCCAGGAUCAGGACGGUGGAAAGUUACUUUACUUUACACUCACUUCUGCAGGUUUAAACAGUCCGAAAAAUCCCCCUCUUCUCCUGCUUCCGAAGGGGUUCAACAAUUUUAAAUGAUGAAAGUUAAUCUUUUACAAGCGAUUUUCUGAGCUCUAGUUUGCCAUGUCUUUGCUUUAAUCUAUCUACAAAGAAACGGAAGGCUGACUUCCUGUUUAGACCUUCCCGUUUCAGUGCCAAAUUGAGGUAAACUUUUAAGUCCAAUUUUCCUUUCUGCUCACAAGUCCUUAUUUAAAGUCCAAUUGUCCGAGUUUAAGUACUCACGGGUGAUUAUUUUAGAAGCCAAAUUGUCCCAGGAAAAAGGCAGCGCUCUCCGGCAACGGCUGUGCAGCUUCGCUCCACGGAAGAAGCAGUUGACUCUCAGCACCGCGCCACUUCCCCCUCUUCGCUCCGGAGCCCGUUAGUGGGUUCCUUUGCGGGUUGGGGGGGCGCUAAAGGUGCCCGCCGAGUCCCAUGGUCACAGGCUUCAUCCGCCUGUGAUUUUUGAAAGGUUCCCCGCUUCGCCGUAGCGGAAAAGACCUGUUUCGCGUGGAGCUAGUCCCUCCAGAUCAGAGGGAGUCCGCCAUUGCCGAUGGCGCCACCCCGGAAGUCGGAGCUAAUGCAGGCUCCUUGGCUUCAGCGAUAGCAACGCGAAGCCUCUGAAGCGCAAAGGGAGCGCUCCCUCCGCGCUCUGGAGGCUUUGCGUUGCUUUCGCUGAAGCUUAGAGAGCAAGAGGGGUUGGUGCGCACCGACCCCUCUUGCUCUCCAGGCUUCAGGGAUAGCCGCCUGAAGCCUUUGGAGCGCAGCGGGAACUCGCGAUGCGCUCCGAAGGCUUCGGGUUCCUUUUGCUGAAGCCAGGAGAGCAAGACACUCCUGGCUUCAGCAGAGAGGGAGAGCUGUGCAGUGCCCCUUCAGCAAAGUGGGAGGAUAAAUGGAAGGGCCUCCGUUUCUCCUGCCGCUUCGCUGAAGGGGCGCUGAGCAGAGAGAGGGAUAAUUUUUUCUCCCUGUUCUCCCCCUCCUGUGGUCCGGUGCGUCCUAUAGAGCGAAAAAUACGGUAACUCUUUAUUAGACGAAACAAGGUUAGCUCAAGGGUGCCAGGCCUAAUGAAUACAGCAACUCUUCUUGGUAGGUCUUGCUCCGUGGCAUAGCUGUCAACGUUCCCCUUUUUUUAAGGGAAAUUCCCUUAUUCCAAAUAGGAUUCCUCGCAAGAAAAGGGAAAAGUUGACAGCUAUGCCCUGUGAGGCAGUUGUGGGGACUGAAGGUCCUUGCCUUCCCACCGCUGCCUAAGUCUCCUCCUCCCCUGGGUCCUUCCCAAGCAAUCUGAGACUCCAUUGCACACCUGUCUCUGCUCCUCCCUCUUCAUACCUCUUCUGGUCCUGGGAGACCAAGGCGGAGGGGAGCUGGUUGCAGCAGGAGGGGGAGACACUUUGACUUCUUCACCAGCCUGACUCAUCUCUGCCUCUUGGCCCCCCUCGCCUCCUGAUUCAGGUUCCGUCUCUGAUUCUGGACUUUUUCUUCCUCAACUUCUUCCUGCUCACUUAGCCCUGUGACCUCUUCAGCUUCCAACACCUCUCCUCCCAAUUUUCUCCCUCUGAUCACUCAUUGUUGUCUCACCACUUCUCCCCAGGCUCAGAGCCUUCUUCCCUUGGGGUUUCCCCAGUUUCAACUGUGUGGGGUGAUUGUGGCCUCGGUAUAAUAAUAAUAAUAAUUUAUUAUUUGUACCCCGCCAAUCUGGCUGGGUUUCCCCAGCCACUCUGGGCGGCUUCCAACAAAAUAUUAAAAUACAAUAAUCUGUUAAACAUUAAAAGGUUCCCUAAGCAGGGCUGCCUUUAGAUGUCUUCUAAAAGUCCGGCAGUUGUUGUUCUCUUUGACAUCUGGUGGAAGGGCGUUCCACAGGGCGGGUGCCACUACCGAGAAGGCCCUCUGCCUGGUUCCCUGUAACUUGGCUUCUCGCAGCGAGGGAACCGCCAGAAGGCCCUUGGCGCUGGACCUCAGUGUCUGGGCAAAAUGAUGGAGGUGGACACGCUCCUUCAGGUAUACUGGUCUGAGGCCGUUUAGGGCUUUAAAGGUCAGCACCAAUACUUUGAAUUGUGCUUGGAAACGUAUUGGGAGCCAAUGUAGGUCUUUCAGGACCGGUGUUACAUGGUCCCAGUCACCAGUCUAGCUGCCGCAUUCUGGAUUAGUUUUAGUUUCCGGGUCACCUUCAAAGGUAGUCCCACGUGGAGCGCAUUGCAGUAGUCCAAGCGGGAGAUAACCAGAGCAUGCACCACUCUGGCGAGACAGUCCGCGGGCAGAUAGGGUCUCAGCCUGCAUACCAGAUGGAGCUGGUAGACAGCCGCCCUGGACACAGAAUUGACCUGUGCCUGCAUGGACAGCUGUGAGUCCAAAAUGACUCCCAGGCUGCGCACCUGGUCCUUCAGUGUAAGGCAGCUCCUUAUAUGUUCCUAAGUGGAGAAGCCAGAGGUGGAACUUGAGGCCUUCCGAUUGAAUGACAGCACCUUCCUCAGACUUCGUUUUCUCACUGUGCUCCUUUUCCUGCUCCAGAGUGCCGCCUCCAGCUCCAAACGAAAGGCCAGGAAGCGCUGGCGGAACGACAGCCCCUGGGUCAAGCCGAUGCGCAAACGGAAGCGCAAAGAACCAAACCCCAAGGAUGCCAGAGGUGAUUGCUUGUCUGAUGGCUCCAGAGCCAAGACCUGGGAUGGGAGGGAGGAAGUUGGGAAGAGGAAGCCACAAUGAGAGCAGUACAGUGGUACCUCGGGUUACAGACGCUUCAGGUUAAGGACGCUUCAGGUUACAGACUCCGCUAACCCAGAAAUAGUACCUCAGGUUAAGAACUUUACCUCAGGAUGAGAACAGAAAUCACAUGGCAACAGCAGGAGGCCCCAUUAGCUAAAGUGGUACCUCAGGUUAAGAACAGUUUCAGGUUAAGAAUGGACCUCCAGAACGAAUUAAGUACAAAACCCGAGGUACCACUGUACCAGUAAGACAUGGUUGGGGAACCUCCAGAUGUUGCUGGACUCCAUCUCCCAUCAGCCCCAGUCGGCAUGGCCAGGGACGAUGGAAGCUGUGAUCUCACAACAUCUGGAGGGCCACAGCUUUCCCCACUUUCCCCCCUUGUAGUGCUAAGUAAUACAAAACCCAUGAUGUGGCGUGUUGUAUAUUGGCCAGCCCCGUCCAGUGUAUCCUCAAAGCACUUACAGACAGAGGCUGUACUGCUCCGUCUAUAGCCCCAGACGAUGUUAAACCGCCAUUUCCCAGAAGUCCUAGACGGCAUGGCCAAUGGUAAUGGAUGAUGGGAUUCGUAGUCCAGCGAUAUUUGGAGGGCCUCCGUGAGGUUCGACAUCCUUGCAGCGGAAUUUGGCAUGAAUUUUUUGAAAAGACGAAGUGCAGAGGCACCUGGCAGGCUGGAAUGGUUGUCUUCCCUUCCCUUCGGACAUUAUUUUUUCUCUUUCUCCCUCUCCAGGGCUGAAUGGUGGCCCAGCCACCACACAGAGCGAGUACACAGAGGUGCCUCUUGACUGUUUGGAGCUGCCCAACCAGGGGGCGCUGUCCCCCAACCAUGCCGGUGCGUCCAAACCCAAACCCCCCAGCUAUGAAUUUGUGGGUUGGGUGGCUUUGAGCAAACCUUGUUCACUACUUCCUUGUUGGCCUCUUGCGCUCGCUGGGACUGAUGGGAGUUGUAGUCCAAAACAUCUGAAGGCCGCAGGAGGUUGACCUAAGAGAAGUCUUCAUGCCUGUGUCCUCCUCAGUGGAUGGAGCUUGAGUGACUUUGCCUCAGUUUAAAAGAAGCUCUUUUAAUACUGGGCAGGCUGGUGAUCAGGAAGCGAUGGUGGCAACAGUCCCCUUCUUAGGAGACGGGAAGAUCUUGGCCACUGAUAGCAAAUGCAGAAUGAAGUCUCCUUGCUGCUCAACCCAACCAGAGUCUGGAUAUCCAGUAGACUUCAUUUCGGAGUUGCGAUGUCUCCAUGCACACCCAUACCCAAGUUUUUAAAAACUGACUCGUCUAGUUGCUCGUGCAACUAGUUUUAAUUUGUCUUUGAAAGCAGUCUUAACAGCGUAGGUCACCCCAGAAUAGAAGGCCCCAGAAUAUUCUUUGAAUGUUAUUCACAUCCAUUGGCUAUAUAGAGGAGACAUCAGGGCAAAGCUCUUUACCGCUAGGCAAGUUGAGGUGGUUUUACUGCUUCUGCCUCAAGAUUCAUUUUGAAAAGUCACUAAUUGUCAUUUUUUAUAUUGGUACUGUUAUUUUCACAAACUGAGGAGACUUUAAAAAAAACAACCAAGCAGAAUUGAAAUGAAGUUCUUGUUAAAAGGAUAUAAUUAUUUAAGGUGUCUGUCCUUUUAAUGAGAACUGUUCUGUUCUAUAGUUUGGUACUGUUAUUCUGACAAACUGAGGAGGCUUUUUUUUUAAAAAAACACACCACCCCCAAGCAGUAUUCAAACGCAGUUCACAUUAAAAGGAUAUAUUAUUAUUAUUAUUAUUAUUAUUAUUAUUAUUAUUAUCAAUACCCCGCCCAUCUGGCUGGGUUUCCCCAGCCACUCUGGGAGACUCCCAACAGAAUAAUAAUAAUAAAGCGAUAAAACAUCAAACAUUUAAAAACUUCCCUAAACAGAGCUGCCUUCAGGUGUCUUCUAAAAGUCAGAUUGUUGUUUAUUUCCUUGACAUCUGAUGGGAGGGUGUUCCACAGGGCAGGUGCCACUACCGAGAAGGCGCUCUGAAUAUUAUUAAAGAUGCCUCUCCUUUUAAUGAGAACCAUAUUAUAUUCUCUGUAAUGUACAUAUUAAGGAGGAUUAAAUUGAUUGGAAUGCUAACGCCAGUGAAGAUGCCAUUUUAAAACUUUGCUGCUCACGUGCAUUAAGAUUGCUCCACGAGCAUAAAUAGCUAGCUUAAAAGGGUUUUCCGCCUCAAGUGCCAAACGCCAUUUCUGUAAAGGGUUAAUAGAGGAGGGUUUUGGAUGCAGCUUGUGAGACCAGGGGAUGGUUGCAGCAUCAAGGCUAUGCAGUAGAGGUAGGGUUUUGUUUUGUGAAAAGCAGCCAUUUCCGGGUCCUAUUUCCUCCCCUUUUUCUUUCCCGCCCCAGGGGUGUCGAAUGAGACGAGUUCUCUGGAGACGGAGCGCUUUGAGGAGUUGCCCCUCUGCUCCUGCCGCAUGGAAGCUCCAACCAUUGAGCGCCUCAGCCAGCAAGCUGGAAAUCAAUGCAUGGCAACUGAGAGUGCGGAUGGAGAGGUAAGAAAAUAGGGGAAAUCUGGAAGAAGCUGUUAUUUAACAUAUAUUAGAGGCCUCCUCCUCCUCCUUUUGUCCCGUUACAACCCCAGAGAUCCAUCGCAGGCCCUUCAUUUAUUAUAUAGCAUCAUCGUUUUUCCUUUUAGCAGCAAACUCAGGUGACGAGUGCCAACAGAAAUGGAACUCAAGAGCAGCCACUGAGGAAAAUGAGAGGGAGGUAUCGGCUGCUCAGGGCUGCCCCAAAGUUUGCAGAAGUGCAAAUAUAUAUAUAUUUGAAACAACUAAACCUUAAGGGGACAGAACAAACAAACAGAUCCAUCAGCAGCCCAGUGAGGAUGACUUAUGCUCAGUUGUUACAGAAUGCAGAGCUUCAGCUGGAAAAGAAAACCAAGGGGGUGUUUGUGGAAGAGUGGAAUGAUCUUGUCUGGAGGAAAUUGUUCGCGGUGGCUGGCAGGCCAGAAAUGCUUUUAAUUAAUUAAAAAAACGGCUGUCUGGAACCCUGAACAGGAGUGCCCUGUUAGGAAAAGGAUACACUGCAACGUUUUGUUCCGGGUUCUAAUGGUUAAGCAUAAUAAUUACUAGCGAUGGUGAUGAAAGUGAUUACUAUCGUUAUUCUUGCCAUCAUUAUCAUUAUUACCUGUGCGUGUCAUUCAUCAGGUUCAGCCUAUCAUGAGACAUCUCUCUCUCUUUCUCUCUCUCUGGGACUCAAAGUUAAAUGGAAGAAGAGUGACAAAAUGUCUCUGAUAGGUGUUGUGCAUGCACACAGAGACACAGACGCAGAUUGAUUGAGAGAGAGAGAGAGGAGCAUUUGGGCAUGUGAGCAGUCUAAAGCAGUACUGCCCUGCCUCACUGUGAGCCGUAGGCCGGAGAGAGCAAGAGAGCGACCAUCUUGUUUGCUUAUUCACAGCUGAACGGCUGCAGCAGCAGCAUCUUGAAGCGGGAGACGAUGCGUCCCUCCAGCCGCGUUCCCCUCAUGGUCCUGUGCGAGGCCCACCGAGCCAGGAUGGUGAAGCAUCACUGCUGCCCUGGCUGUGGCUACUUCUGCACUGCGGUGAGGAAAGGAAACCCAAAGGAGGGUGUUUGGUUUGCGGGGCUUGCUAGCAAGUCACGAUUGGGGAGGCGUCACCAGAACUCAUGAGGCGUCUGAGAGGAAGAUUGUGAUUCCAGAUUGCGCCUAUCUGUGCUGGGCCCUGGCGAAAAAACAUACAGUGGUACCUCAGGUUAAGUACUUAAUUCAUUCCGGAGGUCUGUACUUAACCUGAAACUGUUCUUAACCUGAAGCACCACUUUAGCUAAUGGGGCCUCCUGCUGCUGCCACACGAUUUCUGUUCUCAUCCUGAAGCAAAGUGCUUAACCUGAAGCACUAUUUCUGGGUUAACAGAGUCUGUAACCUGAAGCGUAUGUAACCUGAAGCAUAUGUAACCUGAGGUACCACUGUAGUAUGGUCUCAAAGCAGAUGAAGCCACCACAUGUAUUAUUAUUAUUAUUAUUAAUUAAAUUUGUGUACCACUGAGACCUGCAGAUCUCAAAGCUAAACAGGUCUGGGUCUGAUCUGUGCCCAGAUGGAUGAUCCUUUGAGAAUCCCAUGAUGAAAGAAACGUGGAAUAUAAAUGUUGCUGGCAGUUGUUGUUUUUUAGGGCUGAGGGAAUAAAGGUGUAGAUGAGAACAUAGGAAAAGCCCUGAAGCUGGAUGAGGCCAAAGCCAGCAUCCUGAUUUCAUAGCGGCCAACCAGAUGCCUCUGGGAAGCCUAUAAGCAGGUGCCCAACUUGCAAGUCCCACCAACAGGUAUUCAUGUUGUGAACCGCCCUGAGAUUGAUGGGUAUAGGGCGAUAUACAAAUUUAAUCAAUAAUAAUAUUCAGAGGCAUGCUGCCUUUGACAGUGGAGGUAGAACUACCAUAGCUAGUCACUGAUACAGCAGCAGGAAGGGCCAGGCUUCCAAUAUUUACACUAGGCCCCGUCAACCCAGAGAGGUUUCUUACUGCUUGACAGUUGCCAAGGUCCUUUGCUUCCCAUCCUUGUUUGCCGCCUUUGUCUGUAGAGGGCUCUGGGACACUUCUGGAAGCUCAGCCAUCGAGCUCAGGAGUUUCCUGAGGACCCUCGUCCCUACGGGACCGCCUCUCCCAAUAUGCCCCACAGAGGACCUUAAGGUCCAUAAAUAGCAACACCCUAGUGGUCCCGGGCCCUAAGGAAGUUAGAUUAGCCUCAACCACAGCCAGGGCCUUCUCAACAGUGGCUCCGGCCUGGUGAAACACUCUGUCUCAUGAGACCAGGGCCCCGCAGGGCCUAUAAGACAAGAGUUGUUCUGCCUGGCCUUUGGCUUGGAAUCAACUUGAUCCCCUCCCCCUCUUUCUUUUUUCCUUUCUCCUUCUGUGUUGGAACUCCUCUUUGGGGACUUCCCUGGCUUUUUUCUGGCCCACGUAGGACCAGUCUGGAUAGUUGGCCUUGGUGAAGAUUUGACGUUUUUGUCCCCCCCAAAGUUUUUGAUUGAGUUCCAAAGAAACGAGGCUGUGUUUUAAUGUUGUAUAUUAUUAUUAUUAUUAUUAUUAUUAUUAUUAUUAUUAUUAUAUUUCCCUUGCCCCUUUCCUAUACUUCACGGCCUGUUUUCCUGCCCCAGGGCACCUUUUUGGAGUGCCACCCUGACUUCCGCGUGGCCCAUCGCUUCCACAAGGCCUGCGUGUCGCAGCUGAACGGCAUGAUCUUCUGUCCGCACUGUGGGGAAGAUGCUUCCGAGGCCCAGGAGAUCACGAUAGCCAAGGCGGACACCUCCACCCCUGUCCCCAUUCCACCUUCUCACGGCCAGGGAGCCUCUGAGAGCACAGGCCGGGCUGACACUACCCAGCCCAGGUGAGACCAAUGCUGGCCAGCUAGGAACCAGGACCGCUGGCUCCUCAGAAAAGGAAUAGUGCGCGCCUUUCCUUGGUGACUUAUGUUUUUAGACAUUACGCCUAAAAUAAAACGUUGUAUGAAACAUUUAUGCAUUUACAGUGGUACAUCUGGAUACGAACGGGAUCUGUUCCGGAGCCCCAUUCGCAUCUAGAAGCAAACGUAACUAGCGACGGCACGUCUGCACAUGCGCGUGUCGCUUUUCGUCGCUUCUGCGCAUGCGCGUGGUGUCAUUUUGAGCGUCUGUGCAUGCGUAAGCGGCGAAAUCCGGAAGUAAUGAGCUCUGUUCCUUCCGGGUUGCCACGGAGCGCAACCCGAAGCGCAUUCAACCCGAGGUAUGACUGUAUUUCUCAUCUCUCUCAGAGGAGAUGAGAAAUAAAUGCAUAAUUGUAGCAUGGAGUUCCUAGGGAAGAGGGAUUGUUAAAUCACUCUGGGAAUUGGAGCUCUGUGAGGGUUCUCCUAAUAGCACCAGUAGAAAACUACAGUUCCCAAGAUUUUGGGGGGGUAGGGUGGGGGGAACUAUGUUACAGGGGUGUCAUUGCACUUUAAAUGUAUAGUGUAUACAAGAUUAUUUCACAGGUCUGUGUAAUCUCCUUUCCUCAGUGCUCGGAUGCGGGGGGGCUCAAGCGUAGAGCCCCCGCAGGACGAUAUGGUGGGUCUCGGCCCAGGGAUCGACAGCGCGGGGCCACGGCUGACCCUACCAAACGGGGCGGUGCUGUCCGCUCAGGGCCUGCCUCCAGGGGCCGGCCGGGAACAGUUGGAGCGGGCCUUGGUGGUACAGGAAUCGGAGCGGUAAGUGAAGCGCUCUCUCUGUUUUCGUGGAAGCUAGACUGGCUAUUAUUGGGACCCGGGUGGUGCUGUGAUCUAAACCACUGAGCCUCUUGGGAUUGCCAAUCAGAAGGUUGGCAGUUCAAAUCCCCGCGAUGGGGUGAGCUCCCGUUGCUCUGUCCCAGCUCCUGCCAACCUAGCAGUUUGAAAGCACGCCAGCGCAAGUAGAUAAAUAGGUAACACUGCAGUGGAAAGGUAAACAGCGUAUCCGUGCCUUCUGGUUUCCGUAAUGGUGUCCCAUUGUGCCAGAGGCAGUUUAGUCAUGGUGGCCACAUGACUCGGAAAGCUGUCUGUGGACAAAGGCCAGCUCCCUCGGCCUGAAGCUAGAUGAGCGCCACAACCCCAUAGUUGCCUUUAACUGGACUUAACCGUCCAGGGGUCCUUUACCUUUACUACUGUUUUUAUUGUGUUGGUGAAUAUUUAUUAACUUCAAGGAGUAUCGUGGGGUUUUACAGUAAAGCAGAUUAGGGGCAAUUUUAAAUAUUUGCCUGUGGGGCAAAGGCAUCGGCCAGAGAGAAAGCUUCCUCUUAUUUAUUUUGGCAUAUAUCGGUUGCAUUUAUAUCCCACCUUUUUCUCCAUGGAGCUCAAGGGGGCUUGCAUGGUUCUCCACCGGGUCAUUUAAUCCCUCAACAACCCUGCAAAGUAGGUUAAGCUGAGAACGAGUCACUGGCCCAAUGUCACCCAGUGAGCUUCCUGGCCAAGUAGGGGUUCAAACCGUGGUCUCCCAGGCCGUAGUCCGAGCCUCUAACCGCCAUAACACACUGGCUCCUUUGUGAUCUCUCUCAGGCGCAAGAAGCUGCGUUUUCACCCCCGCCAGCUCUAUCUCUCGGUCAAGCAAGGGGAGCUCCAGAAAGUGGUCCUGAUGUUGCGUAAGUUCGUCUGAGCAUCCUUGUCUCUAAUCCUCUGUGUUGUAGACAUUCAGAUGGGGAGGCCAGUGGCAAAAACAAGCAUGCUUUAAAAAUUAAAAAAAGUCCUGGUUUUGACCUCUAAAGCCUUUAACGGCUCAGGACUCCAGUACCCCCAGGACCACCUCUUUCCAUAUGAACCUACCUGGACGCUGAGAUCAUCUGAGGCCCCUUCUCCUUGUGCCUCCCCCCACAAAAGGUCUGGAGGGUGGCAACAUGAGAACGGGGCCUUUUCUGCAGUGGCUCCCCGUCUGUGGAAUGCUCUCCCCAGCGAGGCUCACCUGGUGCCUUCAUUAUACACCUUUAGGUGCCAGGCAAAAACAUUCCUCCUAAACCAGGCCUUUGGCGGAUUGAUAUCCAAUGCCCUUUUAAAAUGUGUUGGGGUUUUUUGUUUUUAUUAUGUGUUUUUAUAUUGUGGUUUUAUGUUGUCACCGCCCUGAGACCUGUGGGUAUAGGGCAAUAUACAAAUUAAAUAAAAAUUAAUUAAUUAACACAGUAUUCUCAUAAUAUGGCUAAGAGGUGGUUUGGGAAUGCUCUUGUGGGCUGCGUGCUUUAAAACAUUUCUACAGUGGAACCUCGGGUUGCGAACGUGAUCCGUGCGGGAGGCACGUUCGCAACCCACAGUGCCGCGUCUGUGCAUGCACAGGUCGCGAUCCGGCGCUUCUGCAUCUGAAGGCAGCCCUGUUUAGGGAAGCUUGUAAUGUUUGAUAUAUUACUGUAUUUUAAUAUUUGGUUGGAAGCCGCCCAGAGUGGCUGGGGAAGCCCAGCCAGAUGGGCGGGUACAAAUAAUAAAUUAUUAUUAUUGUGCGCAAAGCGUGAUGUGGUGCUUCUGCGCAUGCGUGAGCGCCGAAACCCGUUCCGGUACUUCCGGGUUCGGUGCGGUGCACAACCCGAAAACGCGUAACCUGAAGCGUCUGUAACCCGAGGUACCACUGUAUGUGUUUUUGCAAACUGUGUCUCAGCACCCGUCAAUUUCAGUAGGCAGCAUAUGAAGACGGCUAGGGCACAAGCAUCGGAGACCCAUGAGUGCAUGCAAAGCCCCUCUUGCCUGGGGAAGGGCCGCAGCUUAGUGGGCAGUGGACCCAAUGGUCUGACUCUGUAUAAAGCAGCCUCCUCUGUUCCCUUGGGGUUUUGUGAUCUCUCAAACGGAAUGCGCACAGACCCCUGAUGGCUUCAAUGAGGGCCUUGUCAAGAGAGCAGUGAACAUACAGGUUUCUUUCCCAGUCUUUCAAUGCCUCUUCAUGCCCAGAAGAGUCGGUGGAAGAAGAUUGGAAAAAAUUUAAAGAUUAUUUGCAGAAAUACUAUAAAAUCAAUGAACGUUAGAAAAAUGUUGGAAUGAAGUUACAUGGCUUUAGUAGAAAUGUUAUAAGGAAUUAAGUAUAAAUACAGUGGUGCCUCGCAAGACGAAAUUAAUUCGUUCCGCGAAUUUUUUCGUCUAGCGAAUUUUUCGUCUUGCGAAGCACGGUUUCCCAUAGGAAUGCAUUGAAAAUCAAUUAAUGCGUUCCUAUGGUCAAAAAAAGUCCAAACAAAGCCAAAUUUGGUACAACAAGAGUUUAUUAAGUGCUCUUUAAAGUCACACAUACUGUAAAGAGCAUUUCAAAAUUCAAACCCAGAAUUUUUUUUAAAAAAGCAGCAGAGUCGCCCAAUGGUCACAGAAAAUCAUAAAAAUGCAGGGGAAAAAACACAAGCUUCCAGAUUCUUGCAAACCCCUCCCCAACUGUUCCCCCAGCCACCCAGCACACAGAAAUUCAAAUCCAGAAUUUUUUUUAAAAAACAGCAGAGUGCCCCAAUGGUCACAAAAAAUCAUAAAAAUGCAGAAAAAAAACACACAAGCUUCCAGAUUCUUGCAAACCCCUCCCCAACACCAAGUCCUUGAAUUCCAAACACCCCAACACAAAAUCCAACCCCCCAAAAAAGUUUUAAAAGCUUAACUUACCAAAUGGCUGCAAAGAAGUUUUGGAAAAGCUACAAAACUCACCAAACUCUUGCAAAACCUCACCCAAGGCUACUACGUACACUGCGUUCUCUCAGUUGCUUCUCGAACUCAAGGUGCAACUGUAUUAACGGUGUUAAGAAACAGGAAACAAACUUGCAAGACGUUUCCGUCUUGCGAAGCAAGCCCAUAGGGAAAUUCAUCUUGCGAAGCAGCUCAAAAAACGGAAAACCCUUUCGUCUAGCGAGUUUUCCGUCUUGCGAGGCAUUCGUCUUGCGGGGCACCACUGUAGAUUAAUAGAGUAUUAAAGGAAAAAAUAAGGUUAGAAUGAGUUAAGAUAAUUAUAGGAUAGAAAACAGAGGAAGAUGGAAAGGAAUUGCUGAAAUAAUUAAUAGAAGUGGAAUACAAAAAGGGAGGUGUGAGGAGGUCGUGGAAAUAAGUGAAUGAAAGAUGGGAUAAUGAAAUUGUUUGAUUUAUUUUAUUUUUUUUGUUUUGUUAGUUUAAUGGAUUGUAUUGUAUUUUUUUUUUUUUUUAGUGUUUAAUUUUUUUGGAAAAGUAAUAAAUAUUAUUUUUUUUAAAAAAAUGCCUCUUCAUGCCCAAGGCCUGAAAUCCGUGUUAGGGAGGUUAGUGACUUGCUUUUUCCAGCCCCUUCUGCAUGCGCUUGGGAAGUAGCCCUGAGGCGUCCUGCUUAGCGAGUUGCUUUAUCUCUCUCGGCUCCCAGACGUCUGCCCUUCCUUUCCAGUGGACAGCUUGGACCCUAAUUUCCACAGCGAGCAGCAGAGCAAACGAUUCCCGCUGCAUGCCGCGGCACAGAAGGGAUUCCUGGAAAUCUGCCAUGUCCUUCUGCAGGUGCGACACGUGUGUGUGUGUGUGUUUGUGUCAUGUGUCUCUGUUUGUGCAUUUAGGCCUCUCCUACCUUUCUAUCCUCUCCUGAAUACAAGCUGAACGCCUUGUCCUGAAUCCCCCACAAUUUGCAAUUGGAACAGGAAAGAAAGAAAGAAAAUUAAACCAGGGUGGAUUUGAUUUAAAUCGAAUUGGUUUAAAUCACAGUUUCGCAGUUUAAAUCACUAGUCAGUAAGACUUGAUUUAUAAAAAUAUAUAUAUACAGAAAGACUCAUUCCUGCUGGUAUAAUAUUAAUAUUUACAACCCGAUGAAGGUUUCAUUUUUGAAAUAAUAAAUUUUCAGAGUAGUUUUUACAGUUAUAUAAAAAAUUACUGAUUUGGUUAUACAGUGGUACCUCGGGUUAAGUACUUCAUUUGUUCCGGAGGUCCGUUCUUAACCUGAAACUGUUCUUAACCUGAAGCACCACUUUAGCUAAUGGGGUCUCCUGCUGCCGCCGCACCACCAGAGCACGAUUUCUGUUCUUAUACUGAAGCAAAGUUCUUAACCCAAGGUAAUAUUUCUGGGUUAGUGGAGUCUGUAACCUGAAGCGUAUGUAACCUGAGGUACCACUGUACUGUUAGAUAUACACAGGCCGAUAAUUAUGAAAUUAUUGUGAGGUUUAAUAAGUUAACUGUUUAUAUCUGGACAAUUUUUCUGCUGGAAGGAGAAAAAUAAUCAUUUCCUUAAUAGCAAUUUAAACAAUUUAUUUAACUAAAACAAUAACAUUAUAGCAUAUGUAUCCGUGUUUGUUAACUGAUGUGGUUAAACAAUUUUUUUUAAAAAACAACCACCGUAGACUUUGUUUUAGCACACAUGAAAAACAAAUCCUUAUUUCCUGAUGAAUAGCCUUUGGACUAUAAUGUAUCUUAAAUAGAAAACUAGCUUUAGAAAGGUUUUUCCUCCAAAAGCAUUUUAUUUGAAAAAUCCAAUUUAAAUAAAAAAAAAAUCCAAUUUAAAUAAAUAAAUAAAAAUAGAUUUUAUUUAUUUAAAAUCAAUUAAUUUUACCCACCCUGAAAUAAACAUCAUGACAGCAAAAAGUAACAACAAACAAAACUCCAUGGCCAGCUGUCAUUGGCAAGAAUAUUCCAUCCGUUCGAUCUGUAUAACUGUCUGCAGUUUUGCCCCAUCUUAUCUUCCCAAUCCUUUUUCUUAUAUUCUUGCCUUUAGCCUUCCCUUCCCUUCACCAACUCGGCCACCUUCAGCCACUCAAACUUCCCCUGGUUUCUAAUAUAUCUCUGCCCAUCCUUCCUCAAUGACAUACGAAUUAGGCCUAUUUUUGUUGGUUGACUAAACUAAGCCUUUCCUACAAACUAGGCCUAUCCUAUCCUAGUUGACUUAGUCAAUUUAGUGUUUGGCUAAACUGUUUAGAAGGGAUGUGGGUGGCGCUUUGGGUUAAACCACAGAGCCUAGGGCUUGCCGAUCAGAAGGUCGGCAGAUUGAAUCCCUGUGACAGGGUGAGCUCCCAUUGCUCAGUCCCUGCUCCUGCCAACCUAGCAGUUCGAAUGCACGACAAAGUGCAAGUAGAUAAAUAGGUACCACUCCGGCGGGAAGGUAAACGCUGUUUCCGUGCGCUGCUCUGGUUCACCAGAAGCGGCUUAGUCAUGCUGGCCACAUGACCCGGAAGUUGUACACCGGCUCCCUCGGCCAAUAAAGCGAGAUGAGCACUGCAACCCCAGAGUCGGCCACGACUGGACCUAAUGGUCAGGGGUCCCUUUACCUUAAACUGUUCAGUGUGACAUGUGAGCUAGGUUUGGGUUUGCACAGUGGGGAAUAUACAAGCCCUGUUUAACUUUUCUUCUUCCCCCGCAGGCUGGUGCCAAUAUAAACACAGUGGACAAGUUACGCCGGACCCCGCUGAUGGAGGCUGUCGCAAACAACCACGUGGAGUUAGCUCGUUACCUGGUCAAAAGGGGCGGCUGCGUUUACACUAAGGUCAAAAGGAGAAUUAUUAUCUGUGUUUGAUGAGAGUGGGAAAGGCACCCCUCUUAGAGGAAUAUUUGGGCUGUUUGUGAGAGGGUUUCAUUGUAGGGGCAGAGAUGCUAUUUACCGUAUUUUUUGCUCUAUAAGACGCACUUUUCCCCUCCUAAAAAGUAAGGGGAAGUGUGUGUGCGUCUUAUGGAGCGAAUGCAGGUUCCAUGGCUUCACGUUGCUUUCGCUGAAGCCAGGAGAGCGAGAGGGAUCGGUGCCACUGGUAUCACUGAAUCAAUGUGUUUGCUACCUCGGACUCCUUCAGGAGGAAGGAAUAAAUAAACCGCAAUAAAUAAAUUUCUGCUGGUUUUUAUCAUCCCGGUGGUGCCACUGCAGGAGGAUGAUGGCUCUACUUGUCUCCAUCACGCUGCCAAGAAUGGAAAUGUGGAGAUGGUCAGCUUGCUGCUCUCCACAGGGCAGGUGGACGUCAACGCCCAGGUGAGAAAGGGGCUCGUUGCAAGUGGGAAUUGGGGCGGACUUGCAUUCUUCCCCCUCCUCCCCUCCACAUCUUGGUCUGUGCAUGUUUAUUCUUUUGUGGCACAUACACACUCACACAUAUCUGCGUGUAAAUAGUCGAAGCUGUGUAUGAGGGAGCAAAAAUAUUUAAAACAGAUUUAUUGAAAACAGCAGUUCUACAACCAUUUUUUGUGAAAACACACUGAAAUACAGCAAUGCUUAAAAUGAAUUAUUUAGGUGGUUUGUAAACCGCUUGGUCAAAGAGCUCUUCAUGCGGUACAGAAAUGAAAUUGUAACUAAAGCAUGGAUAAAAUCCACAAACUAGUUUAAGAGACAAAUGUGCCUAAAACCAUCAUUGUUGUGAACAAACAUAUAUUAAAAUUAAAAACAAACAAAAUGAAUAUCGGUAACUAAAUCAUGUUUGGGUAGCCUCCCUCACUGAAUAAAGGUGUUCUGUAAGUGUCUAAAGCAAUGCCUCAUGUCAUAAUAGACAUUAUAAUUCUUUAUUUGGGAGAGAUUUGGUUUGUUCUUGCACUGGAGGUCCAAUUCUCAGCAGGUGAAGGGAAAGUCCUCUUGAUAGAACGGUAUCUGCAAGAUGCCCACUCUGACACCUUGACCUUGAACUUGCUCCAUCAGCUAAUUGGCAGGCACUGCAAUUCUCCCAAUAGCACACAACCGCCUUUUGAGCCACAGGCCUUCUGUUGCCAUCACACAAGCCUCCUCUCUCUCUCUCUCUUUUCCCUUGUUUAGGAUAGCGGCGGUUGGACCCCCAUCAUCUGGGCUGCUGAGCAUAAGCACAUUGAGGUGAUCCGCAUGCUUCUCACCCGUGGAGCCGACGUCACGUUGACUGACAAUGUAUGUGAGUUUUUGGUCCCCUGGCUCCCAUGCAGGAUGAGCUCAGGCCUGCAAAGCUGGCGCAAAAGAAAAGUGGGUGGGGCUUGCUCUAGAUUAACUAGAGGUUGCGUCUGCACGUGCUCAGAAACGAGGGGGCCAAAUGGACUGUACCACUUUGGCCUGCAGGUGGGGAGAGGGGUUAUGGGGUUGUUUUGUUUUUAUUUGUGAUUGUAUUGUGUAUUUUUGUGUUUUUAAUUUUUCAUUUUUAUGCUGUGAACCACUCUAAUAUCUUUGGAUGAAGGGCAGUAAUAAUAAUAAUAAUUUAUUAUUUAUACCCCGCCCAUCUGGCUGGGUUUCCCCAGCCACUCUGGGCGGCUUCCAUCAAAACUCUAAAAUACAAUAACCUAUUAAACAUUAAAAGCUUCCCUAAACAGGGCUGCCUUCAGAUGUCUUCUAAAAGUUUGGUAGUUGUUUUUCUCUUUAACAUCUGGUGGGAGGGCGUUCCACAGGGUGGGUGCCACUACCGAGAAGGCCCUCUGCCUGGUUCCCUGUAACUUGGCUUCUCGCAGCGAGGGAACCGCCAGAAGGCCCUCGGUGCUGGACCUCAGUGUCCGGGCAGAACGAUGGAGGUGGAGACGCUCCUUCAGGUAUACUGGACUGAGGCCAUUUAGGGCUUUAAAGGUCAGCACCAACACUUUGAAUUGUGCUUGGAAACGUACUGGGAGCCAGUGUAGUUCUUUCAAGACCGGUGUUAUAUGGUUUCAGCAGCCACUCCCAGUCACCAGUCUAGCUGCCGCACCCUGGAUUAAUUCUAGUUUCCGGGUCACCUUCAAAGGUAGCCCCACAUAGAGGGCAUUGCAGUAGUCCAAGCGAGAGAUAACCAGAGCAUGCACCACUCUGGCGAGAGAGUCCGUGGGCAGGCAGGGUCUCAGCCUGCGUACCAGGUGGAGCUGGUAAACAGCUGCCCUGGACACAGAAUUGACCAGUGCCUCCAGAAUGACUCCCAGGCUGCGCACCUGGUUCUUCAGGGGCACAGUUACCCCAUUCAGGACCAGGGAGUAUGCCACACCUGUCUCCUGUCCCCCAAAAACAGUACUUCUGUCUUGUCAGGAUUCAACCUCAAUCUGUUAGCCGCCAUCCAUCCUUCAACCGCCUCCAGACACUCACACAGGACCUUCACUUAUCAAAUUUAUCACAAAUUUAAUAAAUAAUAAUAAUAAUAAUAUUUUUUAAAAGAAAAUGUGCAUUCACGUUUUUAAAAAGCACACAACUCUCUGCCAAUAGAAAGCACUGGAAAUGUCCUAUCCUACCAUGUUAAUGUGCUGGUUUUCUGUUGUUUUUAAUGUGGGUGAGCGUUCCAUAAAUGUGACCCCCAUCCCACAUGAGUGGAAGCCUUGAGUGGUACAGUCCAUCCAGUCACCUCAACGUUCUGUCACCCCCUUCUGCUGCACAUGGUUCUGACCCUGAAGCCUGUUGCUUUCUAACGAGUGGGAUAAUCAGUUCAACUUGCAUAAAUCUGCAUGGAAGAAAUGCAUAUCCAUCGUGACUUAGUAGCUGUUUGUAAAACAGAGCAAAGAGGAGAAUUGGGCUCCGGAGCUCACUGGUGUAAGACUUUUUAUUGCACCUCCAUGCGUUUCAGAGAUGAACACUAGAGCGAUGUGAAACGUGUGAAAGUUUGUUUGUUUUUAAAAUAAGAUUAUAUUAAAGCUUUUUCAUAACACAAGUAGAUAAAAGAAACCAGUCUAAAUAAAAACAAAACCAGAGAGAAAAGAAAAUGCCAAAGGAACACCAAAAAAUAGAAGAAAAAUAAAAAGGUCUUCUGAUUUUAAUUCUGUCAGUUACAUAAAAUAAAUUAUUCAAAAUAUUCACUCAAGAACGACUCCCAACUAAUCUACUUUUAAGUUAGGCAAGCAUGCACGUUCUUAAAAUUUAGAGAAGCCCUGUUCUUAUCAAGUAACUAUAGCUUGAAAAAGCAGCAGAAGGAAUCUUCAUUCUCUCAGCACGCCUGCUGAACCGCGUAGAGCUACAAUCAAAAGUCUCUCCUAGUGUUCUCUUUGCUCUGUUCCUUUAUGCUGCUUUUCCUCCCUUGCAAUAAUAGUACCCCCCCCAGACAGAAUCAUAUCCUCCUGUAACUCCUCCCUCUUCUCCCAACCAGGAAGAGAACAUUUGCCUGCACUGGGCCUCCUUCACGGGGAGUGCGGAGAUUGCGGAAGUCCUGCUGAACGCCCAGUGCGACCUCCACGCGGUCAAUUUCCACGGAGACACGCCUCUGCACAUAGCCGCGCGGGAGAGCUACCACGAGUGUGUCCUGUAAGACCGGCCAGGGUUCCCUUCCACAUUGCAGGGGGGUUGGAGCUGUUUGGGCGCCACGACACCUCGGCUCUAAUCCUCUCUUCCUUCCCCCCUAUCCCCUGAGCAGCCUCUUCCUGUCCCGGGGGGCCGACACUGAAGUGCGGAACAAAGAAGGGGACACUCCCUUGGACCUGACCUUGGAGAACUCGGAGGUGUGGUUUGCCUUGCAGCUGAACCGCAAGAUCCGCCAAGGGAUUAUGAACCGCUCCGUGCGCACCGAGCGCAUCAUCAGCAGGUGCGGUUUGAGGUCGUGUCUGGAUGAGGGAAGGGGGGAUCUGCCUCCAACUCCUCCCUGAUGGACGAGGUGGUGCUUGUAUGGCUGUUUCUGUGUGGACCUAGCAGAGAAUUGCAUCUAUUCUGUCUCACCAGCAGUAAUAAUAAUAAUGAUAAUGAUAAUAAUAUAAAGUACCUCUGGUUGCGAACGGGAUCCGUUCCGGAGGCUGUUCGCAACCUGAAAAUGCAACCCACGUCUGCGCAUGCACGAGUUGCGAUUCACCGCUUCUGCGCACGCGCGUGACGUCAUUUUGCGUGUCUGCGCAUGCGCGAGCGGCGAAACCUGGAAGUAACCUUUUCCGUUACUUCCGGGUCACCGCGGGACGCAACCUGAAAACGCACAACUUGAAGCAACACUUUAGCCUCCUGCUGCCAUCACGUCGCCAGAGCACGAUUUCUGUUCUUAAGCAAAGUUCUUAACCUGAAGCACCAUUUCUGGGUUAGUGGAGUCUGUAACCUGAAACGUAUGUAACCUGAGGUACCACUGUACUCAAAAAGACAUCACUUUGGCUGCGCACACGACAUACCUUUAAAGCUCUCUCUCUCUCUCUUUCCAGGGACGUGGCCCGCGGCUACGAGAACGUCCCCAUUCCCUGUGUCAACUCCGUGGACGACGAGCCCUGCCCAGAGGAUUACAAAUACAUCUCGGAAAACUGUGAGACUUCCACCAUGAACAUUGACCGCAACAUCACCCAUUUGCAGGUACUUUCAUUGGCUGGGCAACCUGGGCUUCGUAGCGACUGCCCUCCUUCCAAAAAUAAAAACAAUUUCUGAGACGAAAAGGGACAGUUUUAAAGAACGAAACACUUUUAGCAAGGAGCCGGAAAAGGCUAUCGCUGUGCUAAUCUGGAAUUGGACAUCUGAUUUCUUAAGGGGGCAGGUGUUAACUGUCCCCAGUACCUUGUGUUUAAGGGGGCAGUGCUGGAGGAGUAGGGGACAGGGGAGGCUUUGCAGGGGCCCAGGGGAAGAUCUCAAGGGCGCCACAUUGGCAAAACCCCUCUUGUAGUGCCUGCUCCACCCUCCUCCUUUCCCUCCCCAAGUUGGCAAGGGAGUUCACCUGGGUUGGCCUGCCUGUGGGCUGCAGGUAGAGUUUGGAUUUGAUAUCCCGCUUUAUCACUACCCUAAGGAGUCUCAAAGCGGCUAACAGUCUCCUUUCCCUUCCUGCCCCACAACAAACACUCUGUGAGGUGAGUGGGGCUGAGAGACUUCAGAGAAGUGUGACUGGCCCAAGGUCACCCAGCAGCUGCAUGUGGAGGAGCGGGGAAGCGAACCCGGUUCCCCAGAUUACGAGACUACCGCUCUUAACCACUACACCACACUGGCUUUGCCCCAGGUGGGGGCUGGUACCGGUACCUCUCCCUCUCCCUCCCCUUUGUGGCAUCCAUCUCACACCUUGUCUUUUCACAUUCCCAGCAUUGCACCUGCCAGGAUGACUGUUCCUCCAGCAACUGCUUAUGCGGACAGCUCAGCAUCCGCUGCUGGUAUGACAAGGUGAGUGACUGAGGGAGUAUAAGUGGCUGGUUAGCUGACCUGGAAAGGUGGAAACCUUGAAAUGUCAGGAAAACUACUAAGUGGAGUAUAUAAACUGGCACCCCCUUUUUUUGUCAGAGUGGGGUAUGGUCUCUGUUUUGUUCUGGCUUUGGUGCUUAGCUUUAUUUGCAGAAUUUUCUCCCCAAUGAGGCCUUUUAGCAGCAGCUAAAAGGGUUUUUGAUUUCUUGUUCAUUUGAACAGCACCAAUAUUAUGAUGUGGCAUGGUUAAAACUGUUCUUCACAAUGUUUUUGUGUGUGUAUCAUAUUUGUUUACCUUGGUUGUGAAUCCCUUAUAUAUUUAUAUAGCAGGAAGUGAUGUAUAUAAAGGUAAAGGGACCCCUGACCAUUAAGUCCAGUCAUGACCGACUCUGGGGUUGCGGUGCUCAUCUUGCUUUAUUGGCCGAGUACAGCUUCCGGGUCAUGUGGCCAGCAUGACUAAGCCGCUUCUGGCGAACCAGAGCAGCGCACGGAAACGCCGUUUACCUUCCCGGUGGAGCGGUACCUAUUUAUCUACUUGCACUGGUGUGCUUUUGAACUGCUAGGUUGGCAGGAGCAGGGACUGAGCAAAGGGAGCUCACCCCGUUGCGGGGAUUCAAACCACCGACCUUCUGAUCGGCAAGUCCUAGGCUCUGUGGUUUAACCCACAGCGCCACCCGCGUCCCUCAGUGAUGUAUAUACAUUGAGUAAAAUUAAACUCUUCCCUCCUGGGUACUUGGAGCUUGGGGAACACACUAGCAAAGCCCACCACUUCCCUCCCAUGGAUCACCUUUGGCAGGUGGGCAGGAUUGUCUACCUGACUUUGUCAUGGUGUCGGGUGAGUGACAGGUAGGUUUCUCCUGCCCACCUGUGUCAAACGUUGGCCAGCAGUGUGAGAGAAAGUUCUGGCCCAAAACUUUGCAGGGCUGUCGACCCACGGGAAAAGUCAACUGGGUGCUGGUGAUUUUGGUAGGCGGAGCCAGGAGUGGGUGGGCAAGAUUGGGCCAGAUGUGCGCCAGGGGGUCCCUGGCGUCAACUCUGCUCAGUGCCUGGCCACUGUGAAAUGACCAGGCCCUGGAGAACAUCAGAGAACCCUUUGCAGGGCAAACGGAUUUUAAGGUGUACUUGCGGAGCUCCUCUGCAGACACGUCAACAGGAAACAGUUCCCUGAAGAUAGCAGACCACUGUCCUACAGGCAGAAUUUCCAUUUUGCAGUCAAAAUCCCUGGAGGGAUUUUGUCCACACAUGCUGACAGGGAAAUCUCAACAUCUCAGGCAGGCCCUGUUUUAAUCUCUGGCUAUAGAUUCGAAAGGCAAUUGGGAAACAGCAGCCAGUGUGGUGUAGUGGUUAAGAGCGGUAGUCUCGUAAUCUGGGGAACCGGGUUCGCGUCUCCGCUCCUCCACAUGCACCUGCUGGGUGACCUUGGUCCAGUCACACUUCUUUGAAGUCUCUCAGCCCCACUCACCUCACAGGGUGUUUGUUGUGGGAGAGGAAGGGAAAGGAGAAUGUUAGCCGCUUUGAGACUCCUUCGGGUAGUGAUAAAGCGGGAUGUCAAAUCCAAACCCUUCUUCCUCUGCCCGGAUAACUUCCUUACCCUCUCCUUCCUGUUCUUCCCCCCCCUGGCAGGACGGCCGUUUGCUGCAAGAGUUCAACAAGAUCGAGCCGCCCCUGAUCUUCGAAUGCAACCAGGCCUGCACCUGCUGGAGAAACUGCAAGAACCGUGUGGUUCAGAGCGGCAUCAAGUGAGUUCUUUUUGUUGUUGCUGCUGCGUUCAGAACCUCCAAAACCAUGGAAGGGGACUCAGGCCCCACCACAAGCCUCCGCAUGUGUCUCUAGCCUGCUGGAAACCAGUGUCCUUCUGUUCUUCCUUCACCUCAGGGUCCGCCUGCAGCUCUACCGCACGGCCAAGAUGGGGUGGGGUGUCCGGGCGUUGCAGACGAUUCCCCAAGGAACCUUUAUAUGCGAGUGAGUUGGUGCUGGAGGAAAGCUUGCCUUUCCCUUUCCCCCGUCCCCGAGGCUGCAGCUACAUCUGGAGAGGCGUUGUGGUGGGUGGGUGGGUGGGUGGGUGGGAAGGAGGGAGGCAGAGAGGCCCUCCUCUCCAAACUUUGGGGUUUCAGUACUAGACUUUGCCUGCUUCAAGGAGCAGCUGCCCAGCAAGCCCCUCUCUCACAUCUCCCACGUUUUCCUGCCUGAAGGUAUGUGGGGGAACUGAUUUCUGAUGCAGAAGCUGAUGUCAGGGAAGACGACUCGUACCUGUUUGAUCUGGACAAUAAGGUGAGGCUAUCCAGACUCCUGGGUGGAAUCCAGACACACACAAAAAACACUGUGGAAAUUAUUAUUUUUUUAAAAAAAGGUUUUGAAAAAAUAUAGUGAAUUUGUCAAGCUCACCAUCGCCAUCUAGUGUCACAUUUGCAUAAUGCGCUUAAAGCACACUUAAAGCAUCAUUGUUUGAAGCUAUAUAGGUUUGCCUGGGUGGGUGUUGGGUGUCUGAAGAGAGGGAUCCUCUCUUAAAAAGGAAGGGCCCCAGCUCAGGGAAGCAGAUCAGGGUGAACCUGAGUUAAAUUGGUCAACGUUUAGGAAUUGAAAGUUCUAGGUCUUACAACCUGGGUUCCCUCCCUGCGAGACGUGAGGUCACAGGGAACCAGGCAGAGGGCCUUCUCAGUAGUGGCAAGGAAAUAAGCCCUGUUUAGGGAAGCUUUUAAUGUUUGAUGUUUUAUCAUGGUUUUAAUAUUCUGUGGGGAGCUGUGGGGGGUAUAAUAAUAAUAAUAAUAAUAAUUUAUUAUUAUUAUUAUUAUUAUUAUUAUUAUUAGUUUCAGGGUCAUCAGCAGGAAAUUUCCAGGGAAGUGGUGGCAUAAAACACUGGAGUGGGGGAGCAGGCUAGUUUCUCACCCCCAAAAUGAGAAGACAAGCGCCUGCACAUUUUGCCCUGGAUCUCAGCUUCUACAAAUGCUAGAAACUUCUUUUUUUUUUUUUCUUAAAAAGAAAAUCUAGGAAUCUGGGGAUUAUAAUUCAUUGGUGGAGGGACUCCCCACCCACCCUUUCUCAUGGAUGUCCAAGGUCUCUUUGGUCUUGGAUGGACAUAAAGCCCUGGAAACUGCCUAGGUUCCUCCUAUGUCUGAUCUCCCCUCCCUCUCUCCCUCCCUCUACACCUUGCAGGACGGUGAGGUUUACUGCAUCGACGCACGUUACUACGGGAACGUCAGCCGCUUCAUCAACCACCUGUGCGACCCCAACAUCAUCCCUGUGCGGGUCUUCAUGCUUCACCAGGACCUGCGUUUCCCCCGCAUUGCCUUCUUCAGCAGCAGGGACAUUCAGACCGGCGAAGAGCUAGGGUCAGUGGAGAUAAGAGAUCUUGAUUGAGCCAUUUCCCCCUCCACCCUUUAGCCAAAAAAGGCUUGCCAAAAAAUCAGCACCAAGACAGUCCUUCCCUCAGAUUCACAAUCUCAAAAAAAAAAAAAAAGAUACGACACGUGAGGAAAUAGGAAGAGGAGGGAAGAGGAAAACACCAGCUCAGGCACAGGUUGUCAAGAGUUAACAGUUAAUGCAGAUCUCGGUGGGGGUUCGGUUCUGGCUGUCUUUCCCUUGAUGAAAAACAGUCCCUCCCCUCUCCAUCAGUCAUGCUAACGCUGUUUCAGCACAAAGGCCUGACUGAGGGUUGACCACCUCUUCCAAGGGCUGUCUGCCAAUGGCAGGUGUGUCAAAAGUAUGCAGGUAUGCAGACACACACACCCCACUUUCAGCAUGGUACCCAUGGGUGUGCAUGUGCCUUUGGAGGUUAUUCCUGGCCUCUACAGACACCUGUAAGGGACGUGGGUGGCACUGUGGGUUAAACCACAGAGCCUAGGCCUUGCCGAUCAGAAGGUCGACGGUUCAAAUCCCUGCAACAGGGUGAGCUCUUGUCGCUCGGUCCCUGCUCCUGCCAACCUAGCAGUUCAAAAGCACGUCAAAAGUGCAAGUAGAUAAAUAAGUACCGCUCUGGCGGGAAGGUAAAUGGCGUUUCCGUGCGCUGCUCUGGUUCGCCAGAAGCGGCUUAGUCAUGCUGGCCACAUGACCCGGAAGCUGUACGCCGGCUCUCUUGGCCAAUAAAGCGAGAUGAGCGCUGCAACCCCAGAGUCGGCCACGACUGGACCUAAUGGUCAGGGGUCCCUUUACCUUUACCUUACACGUUCCUGUCCCCCGUCCCCCCUUCUGGAAUUAGGCUUGAAAGAAACAUUCAUUAGUCAAUAUGAGUGGGUUUUCCCCAAGCCUAUAUUGCAUCUCGGGGGCAAUUCCAGCAGGUGGGGCUCACAAGUAGGGGGAGUCCUGGCACAUUUAUAGUACCCACUCUCCCUACUUAGCGGCUUGGUAUGUUCCACCUCCAUACACGGAGAUGGAACAUAGCCACUGUGGCUAACACCACCCCCAAGUUGCUGUUUUCUGUGGCCUGCAAACGUAUCCACGGCUGUCACCGAAAGGUUGGCAACCCCUUGCUUCCAGCUACAGUGGACACUCGGGUCGCGGACGUGAUCCAUGCGGGAGGCACGUUCGCAACCCGCAGCGGCGCACCCGCGGGUUGCAAUUUCGCGCUUCUGUGCAUGCCCAAAGUGCGAUUUAGCGCUUUUGCACAUGCGCGGCCGCCGAAGCCCUGAAGUAACCCAUUCUGGUACUUCCGGGUUUUGGCGCGUCUGUAACCCGAGAGAACGCAACCUGAAGCGUCUGUAACCCAAGGUAUGACUGUGCUUGGAUACACCAGAGCAGAGUCAGUGCCUGCUGUCACGAGGUGAGGCUCCUGUCUGCCCCCACCCAAACUUCACCCUGUGGUGUAGUGGUUAAGAGCGGUAGUCUCGUAAUCUGGGGAACCGGGUUCGCGUCUCCGCUCCUCCACAUGCAGCUGCCUUGGCCUAGUCACACUUAUUUGAAGUCUCUAGCCCCACUCACCUCACAGAAUGUUUGUUGUCGGGGAGGAAGGGAAAGGAGAAUGUUAGCUGCUUUGAGACUCCUUAGGGUAGUGAUAGGGACACUGGUGGCGCUGUGGGUUAAACCACAAAGCCUAAGGCUUGCCGAUCAGAAGGUCGGCGGUUCAAAUCCCCGUGACGGGGUGAGCUCCUGUUCCUCAGUCCCUGCUCCUGCCAACCUAGCAGUUCGAAAGCACGUCAAAGUGCAAGUAGAUAAAUAGGUACCGCUCCAGCGGGAAGGUAAACGGUGAUUCCGUGCGCUGCUCUGGUUCUCCAGAGGCGGCUUAGUCAUGCUGGCCACAUGACCCGGAAGCUGUAUGCCGGCUCCCUCGGCCAAUAAAGCGAGAUGAGCGCCACAACCCCAGAGUCGUCCACGACUGGACCUAAUGGUCAGGGGUCCCUUUACCUUUACCUUUUAGAGUAGUGAUAAAGCGGGAUAUCAAAUCCAAAGUCGUCGUCUUCUUCCUCCUUUCCCUCUUCCCCUGCUCUGCCCUCCAGGUUUGACUAUGGCGACCGCUUCUGGGACAUCAAGAGCAAAUACUUCACAUGCCAGUGCGGCUCGGAGAAGUGCAAGCAUUCGGCCGAAGCCAUCGCCCUGGAGCAAAGCCGCCUGGCCCGCCUGGAGGCGCACCAAGAUGGCCUGCCUGACAGCAGCAACCUCCCUGCCACGCAGGCCUGAGCCGGGCCCAGCUGCCAGACCCCGGCGUCGGGACCCCUCCCCUCCUUCUCCAGCAGGCUGCGGCCUGCUCUCCUACGGCGAGCGAGAUGGAAGCGCCCCCCAACCCCCCUCCACGAAGAGGAAGAGUUUGCCUGGAAAGAAACAGUCCGGCUGGCGAAGGAGAAGAGAGGACAGAAAAACUAUUUCCUGUUCCAGGGAGGUGAAAGCCAGAGGGGCCUCUGUGCUUGGUGCAGACACAAUUGGACUACAGCCCCAUCAGCCCCAGCCAGCAUGGCCAAUGGCAAGGGAUGAUGGGAGUUGUAGUCCGGCCACAUCUGGAGGGCCGAAAGGUCCCCAGCGCCUUGGACAGAGGAAUGGGUGGAGCGCUGGUGGCCUUCCAGAGAUGGCUGCACUGCAUCUCUCGCUGUGGGGCCUGGAGGUCCAGCGACGCCUGGGAGGCUGCAGCUUCCCCAUCUUUGGCAUACAGAGGGCAGAGGUGAAAGGUCACGUGCGCACCUGGAGGCCUUGGGCCUGACGCACAUAGCCAGGCCAGUAUAACUCCCGAGCCACCCACACUUUUGCAUCCUUCGUUGCCAACCGGGGAAACCUUUGAACACAUGACUUUCCUCUCGUGCCGGGCCAGGGUGCUCUCGUUGCUUGUGCGCAGGCACCCAAGCGGGGUCACACUUUGAGCCCUGCGCCUGGGGCCAGCGGUCUUCUUCCUUCAACAACCACACGCUGCAAAUAAUCGCCUGACGCCGGCUCACGGACAGGCCCGCCAAACAGGUUCCUGUCUGUGAGGAAAGACUCUGGGGGAUCAGACCCCCAUCUUGCAGUGUGGUUGUUGAUGGAGGACAAGCCGACAUCAAGCAGUGAGGAGCCUGAGGGUUGCGUUCAGAGAUAACGCUGCCUCCUCCUGGUGGGAUGGUGUAUGUGCGUGUUGCUAUCCUGCUUCCUGUCUGAUGCGCCUUGUCAGCUGAAGGGGGGGGGGGAUGUUUUUUAGUGGCCUUUUUCUUGUUUGGGGGGCCAAGUUAAUGUUUACCUUUUGUGCGUGUGUUGUGUACGUGUGACACAAGUUUCAGUUUCGAACUGGAGCCAAGGUUUCUCCAAGCUCGGUGAUGCCCGUGACGGUCCCAUAGCUGUAUCUCCUUUCAACCUCUGGAACAGCAGAAGUAUUGAUUCAGUUUGGAGGGGCCAGCCUUAUCUUUCUCUCUUUCUCCCUCUCUAUCUUCUCUCUUUUCUAUGGGUUUUCACAAUUUUGUUUUUUAAACUGUAAUUUUCUGGGGCCAUAAAACCAAUAAACGUUGGCAUCUGGCAAUUUUUUGAUACAAACUUA